UUUAUCAAUGAAGAUGAAAUUUUAAGCAAAUCUAUCAACGUAUAGAUUGAUGAUAUAUGCCCACUAAAGUCUUUGCAGUAGUUCAAAACUAGCUAAGAGUCUAGUUUUAUACCUGAAUUAGCUUAUUUUAGACAUGAUAACUGUGCAUUUGGAGUGGUAGGCUUAGAAAAUCCAACCCUGUAAAGGCCAAAUCAAAUGAACAGGCCUGUCUAUAAUAAUUUACAUAGAUCACUUUUUAAACAAGAGAAUUUAGCAUCUGAAUUAUAAAGUAUUGGCAAUGCUAUGACAAAUCGAUUCCGAGUCAUGUCAUUAUCUUCAGUGUAAAUUUGAAUUUAAUAAUAAAAACUGUUAGCAUCGUGCGAUGAAGCGAAGCAAUUUAUCACCAUGUUGAAAUGCUCAUCUGUUAGUUUUGUGCAACAAAUGCUGAAAUCAGCAUGUGCAUGGUCUUUUUGAAUUGUCCCAACUGCGAAAAUAUUAUUGAAUGCAGUAUUAAUUGGUUGAGAAAAGUUAAAAAGAAGGCUGUGUUUAUGACUUUUAAGCUUGAACAUCAAGCCAUGUUAUCUGCAUGGAUGGCAAGACUAUUCUGUCCUAAUAAUUCCAAUAAAAAACUUCGUAUAGCAAAGAAGCAUCCCAAGGUUUUAGUUUCAGCAUAUCUCCUCUCUUUCGAUUUGUGCCUGACAAACAGCAAUUUUCAGCAAAAGUUGAUAUUUAGGAAAAAAUUUCAGAAAAUCUUAUAAUUAAUAUUUAUGAUAGACAAUACAUUUUCUCUGAUGAACUAUAUUGGAAAGGGUGGGAGCUCUAAGGUCUUCCUAUCCAAAGACAGGCUCGGAAACAAGGUAGUUCUCAAAGUUAUCAGGCAAGACAAGAAAUAUAAGCGUGAGGCUGCUGAGGAUAUGCUCUACAGGGAGCACUCUCUUCUUCAGAAGUUGCAAUAUCAUCCAAAUAUCAUCGACUCCUAUGGAGUUAAUGUCAACGGAGUAGCAACAAUGGAAGGAGAAAAUGAAGAGAUUAUGUACAGCAUACUCGAGUAUGCUGAACACGGCUCCAUUGCCAACUUCGUUAGGUAUACUGGAGCCAUUGAAGAGAGAAUAGUGAAGUUCUUCAUGAUCCAGAUCUGCAAUGCAAUGGAGUUUAUCCAUCAACAAGGAUACGCUCAUCUUGAUAUCAAGCUGGAAAACAUAUUGCUCGACAGUCUCUUUAAUAUCAAGAUUGCUGAUAUGGGUGCUUCGAUUAAUGUUGAAGACACUUCUGGAUGCACUGAUAAAAGAAGAGGAACUAAAUACUAUAUGGCUCCAGAAGUACUCCAUAAAACUUCUGGAUCGAUGUAUAGUGCUUUCAAAGCGGACAUCUUCUCUCUAGGGAUAUCUCUUUUUGUCUUAUUGGUUGGUGAAUUUCCUAAUUUGGAAAGACUGAGAGACUACUCCUCUACUGAAGAUAGUGAAAAGAACUCUACUUUGCUCCCUCAACAGGAGGCUAACCUUGAGACAUUAAGGAAGUUUAAGAAGCUAAGUCCUUGUCUGCAAGAUUUAAUUAAAAGUAUGACGGAUAUUGACCCUGAAAAUAGGCCUUCAGUAUCCGAGAUCCUUGAAAAUUCAUGGUUCUCUGAAGAUUUUUCAAGAGAGUGUCUUGAAGAAGUCCAUUCGGAGAUGGAAGCCAGGAAAGAGUUUAUGCUAAAAAGCUCUUUCAAACACAACUAGAUUGGUUAGACACUCGUUCUAAUCACUCAUUAAUUAAUUCAUAUUUAAUA